CGGCGCUCUGGCAACUCCAUCCGCUUGCAUCCCCGUUUGUCUUCUUCCUCUUUCCCCCUCAAAAAUAUACACGCGCCCACCCCUCCUCCACGACCUUCACUCCGUUCAUUCCCGCAAUCUACUAUCGGAUUCGGGUCGCCUGCUCUAGGAUAACGACUCGAUUCUGGUCGCCAGGUCCCGUCGGACUCGAUAACGCUGGUACGCUGUUGAAAACAGCGCGGUAUUCGGUUGUUUGGGUCGGCGCGUCAUUGGCCUUCGCAUUGGCCUGACGUCUUUUCGCAUCGCCAACCCCCUCCGCGUCGGGUCCCUCAGCGCGUUUAUUUCGAUCUGGACACAUUAAUCGCGGGCCCAGAGGGACAGGAUGUUCUAUUCAGAGACGCUGCUGUCCAAGACCGGGCCGCUGGCCCGGGUCUGGCUGUCCGCAAACCUCGAGCGCAAACUUUCCAAGUCGCAUAUUCUGCAAUCCAACAUCGAAAGCAGCGUCAGUGCCAUUGUAGACCAAGGACAGGCACCCAUGGCGCUGCGAUUGAGCGGUCAGCUGCUUCUGGGUGUCGUCCGUAUCUACAGCAGAAAGGCGCGUUAUCUAUUGGACGACUGCAAUGAAGCUCUGAUGAAAAUUAAGAUGGCUUUCCGUCUAACCAACAAUAAUGAUCUUCCAAGCACGGUGACGAUGCCACCCGGUGGAAUUACUCUACCGGAUGUAUUGACUGAAUCCGACCUUUUCAUGAACCUAGAUGCAUCUCUGCUCUUGUCUCAGCCGCUGAACUUGGAGCAAGACCCCAAGCGUCCUGGUUCAUCCAUGGAUUAUUCCAGUCAGCUGCUGCCGGACAGCAGCGGCAGCCAGCGCUAUUCCCAGGAACCGGCUCGUCUCGAGGACCACACACUGGUCGACCUCGAUUUGGGCGAAGAUGACACGUCGUUUGGCAAUGACUUCAGCAUGGAACUUGGUCGAGAUGCACCGGCUCCUCGUCCGGUUGAGGAGGAUCUGUUCAGCGACGCCGGAAAGUUCAACGAUAUCGAUCUACCCUUGGACCUCGGAGAGGAUGAUGCUCCGCUGGACAAAAUGGACCUGGGAGCUGAAGGUUCCCACGACAACCUGGACGAUUUUCUCCGCCAGGAUGAUGCUAUGGAUCUUGACGGAGAGGGAGAACUUCGCGGUCAAGAGGCAACUCCUGGUCCUUUCGCUGAUGAGCAGAGAUCCGAACGCGUAUCCUUGAGCCCUGCACCACCUAGUGAGGUCCUUGAGCGUGAGCGUCCCGCCGGUUUCGGUGAGGAGGAAGCGCCGCAAGAGGAUCAGGAAGAAGAGGGCGAGGCUGUCACUCACGCGCAGCGUGCUAAGCGCCGCAAGAUCAUGCAGCUCGAUGAGGACAAGGUGCUCAAGGUUAUGGACAUCAAGCAACAGCAACAAAGUCAUCCCAAGAUCUUGAAGCCAGUGUCGUUCCUGCCUCGAGACCCCGUCCUGCUUACUCUGAUGCACAUGCAGAAGAAUGGUGAUUUCGUGUCGAGCGUGCUGGGAGAUGGUAUUGGCCGUGGCUGGGCUCCGGAACUGAGAGAAUUGUUGUCUUUCGAGACCGUCAAGAAGUCCGGUGAGCUUAAGCGAAAGCGCGACAGCGGGAUCUCGGACGUGGAUAUCGAAGCAGCCAAUGCUCCCGCCCUCGAACUUGGCGACGAUGAGGCGAUUCUUCCCGUGCCUGCGGAUGAAGGCAUUGAUAUGGAUACCACGCUCAACCAACGAUCUGAAAUCGAAUUCCCUGCCGAGGGUGACCAUUUCCACGCCAGCAGUGAUGACGAAGGUAUGGGCCAGCCGUUGGAUGAUUUCGACGACAGCACCGUGCACCCAGCCGACAGUGGCCCUGUUUCAGCAGGCACAAAACAUGCUGUUCACCUGCUGCGAGACCGCUUUGGCGGCGAAGCGGCCACCGAAAGCCCCUCGAAGCAGAAGAAGACUAGCGUGCUGUUCCAGGACCUCUUGCCCGAGAAGGAAACAAGCAAGGCCGAUGCGACCAAGAUGUUCUUCGAGGUGCUCGUCUUGGCCACCAAAGACGCCGUCAAGGUGGAGCAGAAAUCCGACACCAUUGGAGCUCCUCUCCGGAUCCGUUCCAAACGUGCUCUCUGGGGCUCUUGGGCGGAGACCGAGGCGGGUGGAGAGAUCGCCAGUCAACAGACCCAAGUCGCAGUUUAGAUAAGGCGACCUUUCCGUAUCUGUCACGAAGGCGUUGGCUUUGGCGUAGCUCCUGUUCAUGUAUAGCUCUGGAUUGGCAUUCUUGGUCCCAGCAUUGUCGCUGGUUCUGAACGUGUGUUUGGGUGGACUCGACUCUUGUCCUUUUUUUCUUUUCUUUUUUUUUCUCUCUCUCUUGAAUUGAGGCUAUUCUGGAUGUUUGGAUCCUUGCCACAGGUUGCUCUUGGUGUUGACGCGGGCCUGGCGUCGGUAGCAAGUCGGUUUUGAGUUUUUAGGACAUACCAACGGAUCCGCCGUGGUGUUGGAGUUUCUGCGCGUUCCCCUGUGCAGACGUAUUUAGGUAGUUAGCUGUAGAAGUCAAUUCCAUCAUAAUUGAACUGUGAAGACUCG